GUGCUUUUUUGCUCAUUGUUGGCUAUUUUUCUUUCUCAUUCAUCAAAGCUUUUAUUUUCAUCAAAUUACACGCCAAAUUCUCUUCAACGACUAAAUAAACACGCCUUAAAGCCCCCAUCUUUCCGACACAAAGCCAAAUGGACAGAAGCCCGAGCACUACCAUUCCCCUGAACACGGCCAAGGCGACCACGCCCGGCAUGCACGACGCCAAUGUUCCGGUCGCACAGCCCACGUCGCUUAAACGCGUCGUCUCGGGAGCCGCACUGAAGGAGCUCCUUGCCAGCGGCACGAGCACGCAGUCCAAGACGCCGUCCAAGAUCGAUAAUGUGUUCCAGAACUACUCGCACUCGGAGAUCUCGCGCGACGCAGCCACCAUCAAGAACUCCGUCGUCAUGCACCUCACGGCCACCUUCCUGCGCACGCCGGCCAACAUGGACUCGGGCGACGCAUACCUCGCCAGCGCCUUCUCGGUGCGCGAUCGCCUGCUGCAGCGCUGGAACAUGACCAACGAGUACCAUGACCGCGUGAACGCCAAGCGUGUGUAUUACAUGUCGCUCGAGUUCCUCAUCGGCCGCACGUUCGACAACGCGCUGCUCGCCCUGGAGCUGCGCAACGAGUACUCUAAGGUGCUGGGCGAUGUCGGCUUCUGCCUCGAGGACAUCAUUGAUGAGGAGCGCGACGCAGCGCUGGGCAACGGCGGUCUUGGCCGCCUGGCAGCCUGCUACGUCGACUCGAUGGCCUGCUCGGACUACCCUGGCUGGGGCUACGGCCUGCGCUACAAGUACGGCAUGUUCCAGCAGCAGAUCAUCAACGGCUACCAGGUCGAGGCGCCCGACUGCUGGUUGGAUUCGCCCAACCCCUGGGAGUUCCCGCGCCCCGAUGUCACCUACCCUGUCAAGUUCUACGGCCACCUGGUCCGCGUGCCCGACAGCAAGCACCGCUUCACCUGGGAAAGCAACGUCGUCUACGACGCCAUGGCCUUUGACGUGCCGGUGCCCGGCUACGGCACGAACAAUGUUGGCAACAUCCGCCUGUGGAGCUGCAAGACCAACUCGCUGUUCGACCUGAACAAGUUCAACGCAGGCGACUACGCAGGCGCCACCGGCGGUCAAGUCGCCGCGCAGAUCCUGACGGACGUGCUGUACCCCAACGACAACACGAACGAGGGCAAGGAGCUGCGCCUGCGGCAGGAGUACCUGUUCUGCAGCGCCACGCUGCAGGACAUCGUCGCGCGUUUCAAGAAGACCGGCAAGCCGCUCAGUGAGCUGCCCGACCUGGCGGCCAUCCAGCUGAACGACACCCACCCGACGCUGGGCAUUCCCGAGCUCAUGCGCAUUUUGCUCGACGACGAGGCGCUGACCUGGGACGAGGCCUGGUCGAUCGUGACACGCACCUUUGCGUUCACCAACCACACCAUCCUGCCCGAGGCCAUGGAGAAGUGGCCGGUGCCCAUGAUGGACAAGAUUCUGCCUCGCCACAUGGGCAUCAUCUACGACAUCAACCUGUACUUUUUGCAGAGCGUCGAGGAGAAGUUCCCCGGCGACCGCGACCUGCUGCGCCGCAUUUCAAUCAUCGAGGAGUCCAACCCGCAGCAGGUGCGCAUGGCCUUCUUGGCGUGCGUCGGCUCGCACAAGGUCAACGGCGUCGCCGCCAUCCACUCGGACAUCAUCAAGCAGUCGAUCUUCAACGACUUUGUGACCGUCCAGGGCGAGGACAAGUUUAUCAACAAGACCAACGGCGUGUCGCCGCGCCGCUGGAUGAACGGCUGCAACCCUGACAUGAGCGCGCUGAUCACCGAGGUCGUCGGCGACCGCACCUGGAUCAACGACUUGACCAAGAUCAAGAAGCUCGAGGACCACGUGGCCGACGACGAUUUCCGCACCCGCUGGUCAGCCGCCAAGCAGAAGAACAAGCAGCGCCUAGCCGACUACAUCCUGUCCACGACCGGCAUCAAGAUCAGCGCCGACGCACUGUUUGACGUGCAGGUCAAGCGCAUCCACGAAUACAAGCGCCAGCUGAUGAACAUCUUCAGCGUCAUUUACCGCUACCACUGCCUGAAGCAGAUGACCCCCACUGAGCGCGCCAAGGAGGUCAGCCGCGUGGUGAUCUUUGCUGGAAAGGCCGCCGCGGGCUACUGGGUGGCCAAGCAGGUGAUCAAGCUGAUCAACUCGGUGGCCGAGGUCAUCAACGCCGACGCCGAGAUUGGCGAUGUGCUCAAGGUCGUGUUCAUUCCCGACUAUAGUGUGACUGCCGCCGAGUACCUCAUUCCGGCGAGCGACAUUUCGCAGCACAUCUCGACCGCCGGCACUGAGGCGUCAGGCACGUCCAACAUGAAGUUUGUGCUCAACGGCGGCAUCAUCCUGGGCACGGUCGAUGGCGCCAAUAUUGAGAUCGGCGAGGAGAUCGGCGAGGAGCAGAUCUUCUUCUUUGGCUGCCUGGCGCACGAGGUCGGCGAUUUCCGCCACUACCUGCGCUUCCACCAGCCCAAGCCGGACGAGGCGCUGCAGACUGCCUUUGACUUGAUCCAAAACAACACCUUUGGCGACGGCGCCAUUUUCCAGCCCCUGAUUGACUCGGUUCUGCGCGGCGGCGACGUCUAUUUGUUGUCGGUCGAUUUCCCGUCCUACAUCCAGGCGCACAAGGCCGUCGAGGAUGCCUACCGCAACCAGGAGGAGUGGGUGACGAAAUCCAUUCUGUCAGUCGCUCGCAUGGCCAAGUUCUCGUCCGACCGCUCGAUCCAAGAGUACGCCGAGGAGGUCUGGAACAUUGAGCCAGUCCGGGUCACGAACUGAGGGAGCCACGAGCCGGUUUUGCAUUGCUCACCUUUUUCUAUUUAUUUUUCUCCUUUAGUUUUAAGUUUAAAUCCAUCGUAUUUUUUGCUUCAUAUUUCGUGAUCAGCGAUAACACAGGCAGUGGGCAACAACGAUAGUGCCAUUGCGCCAUUGCGCCAUUUCACAAUUGCUGUAUUAGUAAUCGGAUUUUGUGAUUGCACUUUGCCCUGUUUGGGCCGAGAAAGGCCGCAAAAUCUGCAGUGAAGGGCAGAUACUGGAAAUGCGCAGCAAACUGGCUCUCG